AUGAGAACACUGAAGAAGGACCUAGUUUCAGGGAAAGGAGGUGAUCAGGAGCUCAGUGUGGGAUCUGUUAAAUUUGACAGAUUCAGACCUUCUGUUGUUAAAGAUUGCAUCCAUGCUGUGCUCAAGGAGGAACUGGCCAAUGUUGAAUACUCUCCAGAAGAAACGCCUCAGCUCACAAAACGUUUAUCGGAAAAUAUUAAAGAUAAAUUAAAAGAAAUGGGAUUUGACCGAUAUAAAAUGGUGGUGCAAGUAGUGAUUGGAGAACAAAGAGGUGAAGGAGUAUUCAUGGCUGCUCGUUGUUUCUGGGAUGCUGAUACUGACAACUACACUCAUGAUGUUUUCAUGAAUGACAGUUUAUUUUGUGUUGUAGCGGCAUUUGGCUGUUUCUACUACUGAAUCUUGGAAAAGCUGGGAAAAGAAAUUUUGAAGAAAAAUGAAUUUUUUUUAAUAUUGUUAAGUAUCUUGACAAAAUAAAGUUGGCAGUUUUGCCACUGGUC